AUGGUGGUAAUAGAUACAAAAGAGUGUCAUACUAUGCCUUCCACAUCGUUGCAGAUAAACCCGACUUCAGAAUAUGAUCAAAUUACUGAACUGGUUCCUCGGUUGCAUAUUUGCGGUGCCAACUCAUUGUCUUUGGAUAACAUGAACAAAUAUAAUAUCUCAUUGAUUAUAAAUGCUACCACUGAAAUACCUAGUGUGCGAUCCCUUGGUUCAAUACCACGAAUAAAGUUAUGGUUGGAUGAUACACCAUCAACUAACAUUUAUCAGUAUUUCGAUCUUAUCAGCGAUCAGAUUGAAACAGUGAUAGCAACUGGUGGUAAUGUAUUGGUGCACUGUGUAGCUGGGAUAUCACGAUCAGCUACUAUUUGCCUUGCAUUUCUCACUAAAUUCCGCUGCAGAUCACUCAGGCAGGCUUAUCACCUGAUGGCUCGAAAACGGUCACUUGUCAGGCCUAAUAUCGGAUUUUGGCAUCAGCUGAUCAUUUACGAACAUGAAAUAAAGAAUGGUGUCGCAUCGGUAAAAUUUGUUCAGAGCAGAGAAGAUCCAAAAAGUAUCCUGCCCGAUGUCUAUCUGUCAACAUCUGUUGACCUACGCGGAGGGAGGCGGUUUUCCAAAGAUAAACCGAAAUUUCAACCAAUAUUGGAAACUGUACCGGAAAGCACUGAAGUCUAUCUUCUUUCCUCAUAA